AUUACAAUCUUUGUGCUCCUGCCCAACUAGUGAUGCACCUGAUUGUAUUCCCUCAGAAAUACCAACAAACUCUACACUUCAGCUUCUCUGAAUGAUCUUCAGAGUGCCCUUGGAGAUGAAACACAAUCCUCCUGUAAAUUUUGGCAACACCAGUGCAGUCUCUGGCAGCAUUCAAGAUCUUGUUAUGAAAGGACUCCUACAUUCCACUCCGAUUGCCACUCGUAUGCAGUCCACAGAUGAAAACCAGCGUUGGUUUCCGGGCCGGUCCCUCUGGCUUCUGAUUGCCGAAUAUGUUCCUGUGUCAGAGCUGCCACAGAUCCGAAGAGCACUCGGCUGCGCCCUGCUUGAUGAGUACUCAGGUUUGCACUUGGAGGCGGAGAUGUUGUAUAAGACAUGGCAGGAAGUUCAGCGAGCUGGAAACCACGACAACAGGGUAGGGACUCCUCUGAAAUGUCUACAGGGAUCACCUCUGGCUGACCCCCUUCCAAUCAAAGAGUUGUUGAAAGCAGAGGUCCGGAUCCAACAACAGUCCAUCAUGGAGCGAGCCAUCGGCGAAGGAAGACCUCACUCUUGCUGUUCACUUCAGUCCAACACUGAGGAGGAGAUUGAAGCCAUGAGGGACAAGCUGAACAUCACUGACAUUGAAAAAGUGGUGGACCAACUCAGGUCUGUCCUAAGUAAGGAAUGUGGAGCACUGAAGAUACAUAUAGAUCACCUAAAGGAAAAUAUUAAACGAGGCAGCAGGAGUUCAUGUGAGGUUUAUAAAGUAGACUCGUUUGCAGAGCUGAGAGAUCCUAGAUGUGCUAUCCACAUGGACUUGGAGCAGAACCAGUCUUCUGUUGCCUCUUCCUGCUGGCCUUCCUCUUUGGUUCCUGUGACGGACUUAAAAAACAGGCACAGGUUUUCAGCAAAGUUAAGAACUUCUGAUAAAAUUCUGGAAGGCCUAACGGCUACAUCAGUUAUGAGACCACAUCCACCUCCUCCUCUGUGUCAACUUAAACCCAGUCCACCACUAACGGCCAAACCAAGAGCUCGGUGCAUCAGCACGUCGGCGUCUACCGAAGCACGCAAACUGCUAACACCUCUCUGUCACAGUGCCACUGCAUGUCAACACGGGCGAAGUCACCUUUCAGCUUUACCACCACGAAAUACCAGUGACAAGAUAGUAACUAAAACAAGUCCUUUGGCAAAACCAGAGGAGGCUGACGUGCACUCUGACAUCUGCUCUUUUCAUGAAAACGCAAAGAAAUCCAGCCGUCCACAAAACCCCUCACAGUUUUCUGAGCAGAGAGCAGGAUUCAUCUCCGCAGGCAGAGAGGAAAGGAGCCUCGUCUACAAAUCAGGACUCGCCGAUAUUAACUCCCCACGCGUGACCCCUCCUCUCUCUGAGGGAGCUCAGCGUAGCGGUGAUCGUACUGACCAUUCCCUGUCCACAUCUGGGACAUCAACAGGAGGAGCGCAUCUCAGCAGAGAGAAAAAUGCUUCUGAGAAGGUUUGUUCUGGUGUUACCGGAAAGUAUUCAGUCACGUUUGAAACAGUGACACCACUCAAACAAAACCUCAACAGGACGAGCUGCCACGGAAUUCACAGAAAUACAAGUCGUCAAGUCGUCUAACAGCAAAGUAAUCGCGGGUUGCUGGGGCGCUCUGGUAAACAGACAAAUCACAGCUAACCAACCGGCCUCCGCACAGAUAGAUGGACUUGUCUUUACUUCCACCAAAGAACCACUUGGGGUCAGCGCAUGUCAACCGAUAGGUGUCCAAGAGCAGUAGAAGCAGUUAGUCAACAGACAUUCACGCACAGAAAAACAUAAACACAUUUUGAACAAAGAUGACUUUAAUGACUUUCUACAUUGUGAGGUGAUGUCAGAGAAUUUUCUGUAUGGAUGUAUAAUUAAUUGAAAUUGUUUUAAAUUGUUUUGCAAAAAAUAAUAAUAUUGAUAAUAAUUCCAGAACCUGUGUGUCUGAUCUUUUUGGUAAUUUUUCAUGAAACUUGAAAAUGAAUUGAACAUGACUUUCAACUUACCUGCAUACAAAAAAA